UCCACUUUAAUAUUAUGUUUUCAAUAUUUAGAUUUAUUUCUGGUGAACGGGCAAAUGGGCCACCUGAUAGUUAGCUACUGCCUAUAGGUGGGACCUAGUAUCUACCUCGACGGGCUUGCAGAAAUCAAUACCAUCGAGUAAAUUCUGUGAAAUACGUUUCAAUUGCAUAAACAAUUAAUUUUCGUCAGAUCUUUCUUCAUUGCGCAGAAGACCAGAGCAUCAGCCGACGACCAAGUAUUGUAAAAAAAGAAAAACCGUUGCAUAUCAAUGAAUCGAAAAUGAAUUCAUUAUCACAGGACGUACAUACAGCAGUAACCCAACCCCUAUGGAUGAGUAACUUGCGAACACGCAUCGAUCAAUAUAUAAAGAAAUAUGGCUACCAAGACGCAAAGUUACAUAUUAAAAAACUUGUCGAAGAAACGGAAAAUAAAGAAAAUGUUCUUCUCAAUGUCAAAGUGGCUCACAACGGCAUAAUAGAUGUAGACUUUGGACCAGUUUUAAGGUCCAGUAAGCGCAAAAAAGAAAAUAAACGAGGCUUCGAUAUUGAACCACAAUGGCUGAUCGAGUUCAAGGAGUUCAUACAAGAACUUAUUCAGAACUACGGACGGGAGAAAGUCGAAAAUAUGAUAGAACACUUUAUUAAAACAAUAGAAACGAAACAUGUCGUAAAAAUAAAGGACAUUGACGUUAAUCCUUACGGCGAAGUCUCUGUCAAAUAUGAGUAUAUUAGAAAAUCGCACAAAAGGAAAAAAGGACCACGUCUAAUAUCUUCAGAGGAAAGGUCACGACAAAUGUCUUCAGAGGAAAGAAUAAGAGCCACAAAAACUAUUCAAGAUUAUUAGAUUGGUUCAUUUACUUUUAUUAAUAAAAAACUUAUUGAAAUA